AUGGCACCAAAGAAUUCAUACCGCAUUGCCUCUAUCCCAGGCGAUGGCAUUGGUCUCGAGGUAGUCAGUGCUACAAUCCAGGUCGUCGAGAAACUCGCAAAGAUCCUUGGCACAUUCAAGAUCGACUUUGAGCAUAUCCCGUGGGGAACCGAGUACUACAAGCAAACCGGACGAUAUGUGUCUGAAGAUUACCUUGACACCAUACGCCAGUACGAUGCGGUAUUAUUCGGUGCCGUUGGAUCACCCGACGUGCCCGAUCACAUCUCGCUCUGGGGCCUACUCCUGGCCCUCCGCGGCCCACUCCAGCUAUACGCCAACGUACGACCAGUUCGAACUUUCCCUGGAACCAAAUGCCCUCUCAACACCGCAACCGAAGGCAUCGACUGGAUGCUCGUACGGGAAAACUCCGAAGGCGAGUAUGCCGGGCAAGGCGGACGGUCUCACGUUGGACAGCAAUGGGAAGUCGCGACGGAAGUGGCAAUAUUCACGCGCGUGGGAAUCGAGCGAAUUAUGCGAUUCGCAUUUGAGACAGCGCAGUCGCGGCCGCGUAAGCUUCUGACCGUUGUCACAAAAAGCAACUCGAUGCGCAACGGGAUGGUUCUGUGGGAUGAAAUUGCGGAAUUGGUUGCGAAGGACUUCCCCGAUGUGACCUGGGAUAAGAUGCUUGUUGAUGCGAUGACUGUUCGUAUGGUGGCGAAGCCGCAGUCAAUCGAUACGAUUGUCGGGACGAACUUGCAUAUGGAUAUUUUGUCUGAUCUUGCUGCUGCAUUGGCGGGAUCUAUCGGUGUUGCGCCUUCCAGUAACUUGGAUCCUACACGCAAGAAUCCGUCGAUUUUUGAGCCUGUCCAUGGUAGUGCUUUUGAUAUUACUGGGAAAGGGGUUGCGAAUCCCGUUGCUACCUUUUGGUCGGCGGCGGAGAUGCUUGUCUGGAUUGGUGAGAAGGAUGCUGCUGCCCAGCUGAUGGGUUGUGUGGAGCGUGUCUGUGCUGCAGGGAUUCUGACUCCUGAUCUGGGGGGAACAUCUAACACUCAAGGGAUUGUGGAUGCUGUUUGCCUGGAGAUUGAGAAGUUGUGA